UUCUUUCAGAGUUCCCAUUCUUAAGCCGGAGCAGGGAGGACACCACAGCCACCGCUGCCACACAGCAAGCAUCGUCACUACCACCGCUUCUGCCGCCACAAUGGAUCAGGAAGUGUACGCGAUGGAGCAUCAAAUGGAUGAAUUUGCCUUCUCAGAGAAAAGUGUGAGGCGCGGCUUUAUAAGGAAAGUGUACGCCGUGCUCACGAGCCAGCUGAUCAUCACCUUUGCCAUCGUGGCCGUGUUCGUGCUGGUGCCGGAUGUACAGAAAUUCGCAGUCAGAAAUCAGGCAGUCUUUUGGACUGCCUUCGGGCUUACCUUGGCGAUGGUGAUAGCACUGAGCUGCUGCGGGAACCUCAGGAGAAAGACACCUCACAACUACAUCGCGUUGUUCGUGUUCACACUGUGCGAGGGUUACCUGCUGGGAAGUAUAGCUGCUACAUUUGAAGCAAAGGACGUACUGAUUGCUGUUGGCGCCACCAUCGUCGUAACCAUAGGACUCACCCUCUUCGCCUUCCAGACCAAAUGGGACUUCACGUUCAUGAGUGGCGCGCUGUUCACGACGAUCAUCAUGCUCAUCUUUUUCGGCAUCAUGGCGGGUAUAAUGCAGAGUCGUGUGCUCUAUAUACUCUAUGCCUGCAUCGGUGCGUUGCUGUUUUGCUUGUACAUCAUAUUUGACACGCAACUCAUGCUCGGAGGCAACCACAAGUUAGCCAUCUCUCCCGAGGAGUACAUCUUUGCAGCCCUCAACCUCUACCUGGACGUGAUCAACCUCUUCAUGUACCUCCUGGCCAUCAUCGGCGCAGGAAGGGAUUAAGCUGAAUAGCUUUACGUACUUGGUGUCCUUGUCAGGAACGCGUUGACGACACGAUGAAAUCUUUCGUUAUCGGUCCGCAUUUUAGGACGCUUUGGACACACAGAGAUAUUUAUUAGAGUUCUAAGAAUGCGGAAGCCUUGUUGGAUUAUCACUAGAAAUAUCUUUGGAUGAAAAUAAAACUUGAUAAAUAUUUGUCAAGAUAAGGCGUUACUUAAAACAUGUGAGAAUGGGGACCCUGUGUUGUGAAAGAUACCAUUCAUUGCCCUACGUUCGCUAGACGAUGUUCCGUAUCAGAACACUGUGCCAGACUGACAGGUUCUGCUGCCAGAAGCUGGAGUCUCCCUAAGAGGCGUCCAGUAUCAAGAGCUACGUAGACCAGGGGUGUCAAACUCAUGGCCGCGGACCAUAUGUGGCCCGCGGGAUGGACUUAAGUGGCCCGCGAGAUGACAGGAGAUUUUUCAACUCGAGUUACUAUAAAUGUUAUAACUGCGGAAAAUGUGACUAAAUUGUUAAGACGAGACGUAAUAACUUUAACCUUUUACCUUAAUAAUGUAUUUUUGGUAAACCAGGAUGACCAACAAAGUAAAUUGUAAUCUUCAGUAUUGCCAAUAAGUAAUUACCAAUUCUUUGAUGUCCCUCGAGACCAUAACCAAGUGCAUAAUUGGGCCUCUAAAGGAUUUGAGUUUGACACCCCUGACGUAGAUAACUUAAGUACUUGUAUCCUACUCCAUUGUUGUUUUCCCCCAUCAUCACGAUACUAACAAAAAGUGUUAUUACAUUGGUUGAUUUUCGUUUUAUUUGUAUCCUGCUUUCAUUUUUAGAUAUGUGUGUGUGUGUGUGUGUGUGUUUAUAUAUUUGUAACUUUACAAGACUGAAUCAAGUUCGUAUUGUUUACCGCUUUGUGCCGCAUUUAUAUAAUGAAUAACAUUUAUGCAUAUUGUUUACAUAAACCACUUUCUCUGACAAUCAGUUCAUUGAUCUACUAUUGUUUUAUUUUGAAAAUAAAUAAAUAAAUAAAAGGAAAGAAA